AUGAUCUCACCCCCGGCCGAGGACGCUGACAUCAGCGGCUCGCUGGUCCUGCACGCGCUCUGCCGGGCGGCGGCCGGCGGCCUGCGGCUGUCGCUGCAGCUGCACACGCCCACGGGGCGCGCGGCGGCGGGGGCGGGCGUAGGCGCGGGCGGCGCGCCGGCAGGCGGCCCGGGGAGCCUCCCGGCUGUUGUGCUGCAGCGGCGGCCCGUGCUGGAGGUGUGGGCCAGCAGGGCGGCGCGGCCGCAGCAGCAGCAGCAGCAGCAGCAUGUGGAAUAUGCUGACAAAGGUGACCAGGAGCACAGCGCGCGGGGCCUGUUCGUUUACGCUGCGCCGCAGCGCGCCCAGUCGCUUGACGCUGGCGGUGCGGCAGAGGCCCCGGCGCCACCAGCGCAGUUGACGGGCCACAGCGGCGGUGCGCGGCCAAGGAGGCCCCUGCAGGCUCAGCAGGAGGGCACGGGCGUGCCCGCAGCAGCGGAUGGGGCCGGCGACGGCGCAGCAGCAGUCGUUGGAGAUGAGGCGGGGGCGGCAUCGCCCCUGUUCCUGCCCUUUGCUGUGGGCCGACUGCCAGGUGUGAGGCGGCAGGCCGAGGAGGCGUGUCUAGCCGCUGUGCGGCAACUCGCGGCGGCACCACCACUGGGGCAGCAGCAGCAGCAGCAGCCGGAGGACGACGGCGAGCAGCCGGCGCGCCCCAAGAAGCGCUCCAAAACAACAGCCCCCGGCGGCGGCGGCGCGCGUGCGGGGGCCGCGGCGGCCGCGGCAGCGGCGCAGGAACGGGAGGAUGCGGCCGAGGCGCGGCUCCGCGCGGUGCUUUCGGCAGUGCGUGCGGCGGGCGCCCAGGGCGUGACGGCCGCUGAGGCGGACCAGCGCCUGGGCGCCGCGAGCGCGGAGGCGGGCGCGGCGCCAGGGCUGGGCGGGGGCCGGCUGCUGGCCCUCCUGGUGCGGCACGGCCUGGCCAGGGAGCUGGGGGCGUGGUCCGGCAGCUGCUACGUCGCGGCAGAGGCCAGCCAGCGGCUGCUGUCGUUCCCGGUGCCGCAAGGGCCGCAGCUCGAGCCGCUCUUGAGCGGGGCGGGAGCGGGUGAGGGCGUCGCGGCGGGGGCUGCGGCGGCGAGGGCUGCGGGCCACAGCGGGGUGGACGAGGUUGCAGCGGCGGCGGCGGCGGCGGCACCACCACGCACACCAGGGAAAGCGGGCAAGGGCAAAGGGUCGAAGGCCAAGGCAGGCCGCUCGCCCGGCAAGCUGCCGCAGGCCGAGCAGGCCGCAGGGCCGGGCCCAACGGCGGCGGCGCCGGCGACGGUCGGAAGUGCGGACGAGGACAGCGGCGAGGCAGUGCUGCAUGCGGCACGGCACGAGGUGCCUGUGCGGCCGUGGCUGGACCACACCGGGCGCGUGAACCUGGCGCUGUGGCAGGCGCUGGUGCAGCGCGCGAUGGGCGCGGUCAUCCGCAACCCUGGUACUACUGAAUAA